AUGGCUGUGCUGACUCUUCUAACCUUGUUCUGCGCUUUGGCAUCCGCCUGCGCGCAGAAUCUACCGCGCCCCGGCCCAGUGGCAGCAGGAGGGGGUGGCGGAGUGGCGGGGGGGGGAGGGCCCGGGGGAGCUGCAGCCGGAGGGGGAGGCGGAGCAGCGACAGGGGGGUUGGGGGGACCCUUUCCACGAGUGGCGCAGCAGGGGCAGGGGGGAGAGCCUGGACAGCUGGGGGACCUCUAUGCAUCCGCGUGCGCCCAACAGCCCCCAGGGGGAGGGGGCGGAGCACCAGGGGGGGAAACGCCUGUGCCAGCAGGGGGAGGGGGCGGAGCACCUCAGGAGGGCGGAGCACCAGGGGGGGGAACGCCUGUGCCAGCAGAGGGAGGGGGCGGAGCACCUCAGGGGGGCGGAGCACCUCAGGGGGGCGGAGCACCUCAGGGGGGUGGAGCACCUCAGGGGGGUGGAGCACCUCAGGGGGGCGGAGCACCAGGGGGGGGAACGCCUGUGCCAGCAGGGGGAGGGGGCGGAGCACCUCAGGGGGGCGGAGCACCUCAGGGGGGCGGAGCGCCUCAGGGGGGCGGAGCUCCUCAGGGGGGGGGAGCACCUCAGGGGGGCGGAGCUCCUCAGGGGGGGGGAGCACCUCAGGGGGGCGGAGCACCUCAGGGGGGCGGAGCACCUCAGGGGGGCGGAGCACCUGGGGGGGGAGCAGCCCCAGGGGGCGGAGCAGCCCCAGGAGGAGGAACGCCUGUACCAGCGGCGGGAGGCGGAGCAGCAGGGGGAGGAGGCCCUGGGGGGCCUGGGGGGGCUGGGGCAGCAGGGGGAGGGGGGCCGGGGGGGCCAGGGGUUGCGCUUGACAAGGUUGGGAAGAAGGUUCCGUGGGUUGCGCAGCAGCAGCAGGGGGGAGGGGCGGGGGGGGCAGAGCUGGGGGACCUCUAUGCCCAUCUGGAGGGUGAGUUGGAGGGGCAGAACAAUGACGACAUCGAAGGGGAGAUCCACCUCUACACCUUCCGCACCUCUUCUGGAGCCUUCAACGUGCUCUAUGUCCUCACAGUCAAGCAGCUCCCCCAGCAGUCCCCCCCCACCAACGCCACCAUCACCCGCGGCCGCUCCGUCGCCCUCACCUUCCCCGCCACGUGGCACGAAACCACUGGCCAGCCGGGCUUCAAGCAGAACGACGCUGAUGAUGACGACGAUGGGGAUUGCCCGGACGGCAAGUGUUACAGUUACGCUGCGGUUGGUUACUGGGCGAAUGCGGAUAAGACAAUUAUCGAUGUGGUGAACGGUAUGAUUGCGGAUGCCACGGCGUAUCAAGGGCACAUGACUUUGCCUUCAGGGGAGGAUGUGAAGGGAGAAUUUGAGCUCGAUUAA